CGUCUUGCGACUCCCGACUCUUCCAUCCGCAAUGCCUUCAUUCACAUCAACCUUGAUAUCCAUCUCACUAGCGCUCUUUACUUCUACCAACGCCCAAUCUCCCAAAUAUUGUCCCCCCUGGGCCCAAUCUAUCCACCACCAACAAAUCUCUCAAACGACCCAACCUUCGCCACAGCAGUCCAAGAUAUAACUUCAAUCCUCGGCCAAGUCACCAGCAGCAAUGGCAGUCUAUCCAACACCUCAAUAUCCGUGCAAAUCUUCGACGCAACGGAGUCCGGUCCAUUAUUGAAUUUCGCUUAUACAGCCGACAACAUUAACACCACGCUGGGUGUGAGUAAAGUCGACCAAGACACGGUAUUCCGCGUGGGAAGUGUAUCGAAGUUAUGGACGAUGGUACUGUUCCUGAUUGAAGAAGGUCUGUGGCCGUUUCAGGAACCGGUUGCGAGAUUUAUUCCUGAGCUGGCUCGGGCUGGGAGGGAAUUACAGUGGGAUCCGAGGAAGAGGAGGGAUGGUAUUGAUUAUGUGCAUUGGGGGCAUGUUUCGAUGGGGGAGUUGGCGAGUCAUUUGGCUGGGAUUGCUAGGGACUAUGGUGUGCUUGAUCUUUCGGGGAUGGGUUCUCAGAUGGAGCAGUUGGGUUUCCCGGCGCUUCAGCCGUCUGAGAUUCCGCCUUGUGGGAAUCCGAAUCCUUGCAGCAGAGAACAAUUUUUCAAUGGGCUACUUCAAAGCCAUCCCAUUGUACCAACAUCUUCAACCCCAAUCUACUCGAACGCAGCAUUCCAGAUCCUUGCGUAUGCAUUGGAAGCCAUGACCGAUCAGUCAUACGCAGAGCUACUGCAACGAGAUAUCAUCGCGCCGCUAGGUCUGAAUGGAACCUACUACACGACACCCAACAUAUCCCUCGGUGUGAUUCCCAAUGAUAUGGGUGAAUACUGGUGGAACUUUGAUCUCGGCGAUGAAGGGCCUGCUGGAGCCAUCUACUCAAGUACAAGAGACAUGGCAACUCUAGGCCAAGCAAUCCUCAGUAAUUCACUAUUUCCGUCGUUCAUCACCAGACGAUGGAUGAAACCCGCCACACAUACAUCAUCACUAGAUUACUCCGUGGGCGCUCCCUGGGAGAUCGUCUCAUUUGGUGACGAACGCCCCAUAGACAUUUAUUCUAAAGCAGGCGAUAUCGGCAGCUACUCAUCCAUCAUCGCCCUCUCACCAGACCACAAUGUCGGCUUCACGGUUCUUGCCGCAGGCGCAGAUGGACACGCAAAAGUUGCGUUAGCGGCUGAUCUUAUCUCGGUCAUUCUUCUUCCUGCGCUGGAGCAAAGUGCCAAGGAACAAGCCUCUGCAAAAUUUGACGGAGAUUAUGCCGCAACAGAUGGUUUUAACUCUUCAAUAGCACUCACGACGGAUGAUGGACCUGGACUACUGGUUACUAGCUGGGUUAAUAAUGGAACCGAUAUGAUCCAGUCUUUGAUGACUAUGGGGCAUGUUACCGAUCCCGACACCUUUAGUAUUCGGCUGUAUCCGACUGGACUUGAGAGUCCGGGGCAGAUGUCGUUCAGGGCUUUGAUGCCUCCCGCUCUGUCUACGGCUGGGAAUGGGCCUUUUACGUCGUCUUGCAUUAGUUGGGUUGUUGUUGAUGGACAGGUUUAUGGUAAUGUGGGCAUUGAUGAGUUUGUUAUUAAUUUGGACGAGACGGAGAUUGUGAAGAGUAUUACACCUAGGGUACUUCGUACUACUUUACCAAAGACUUGA